AUGUCAGCCUCAGAACUACCAUAUGAAAUCCUUUCGAAAAUUGCCGAUCUCCUUUUGACGGGUGACAGGUUUUCCUGUGUUCUUACUUGUAGAAGAUGGAGAUAUCCGUUUCAAGAGGCUCUGUGGAGAAACAUGCAUGUCAAUUCCAUGAAAAAUCUUGAAACUAUAUGCAAUGCAAUCGAAGGCUCCAGAACCAAGUCUUCGUCAUACGGGCUAUUAACACAAAGCCUGCGUAUGGAUGGAUACUGCACUAUUCCACAUUGGCAGCAACAUGCAUUUUUUCGAUCCAUACCAAACUUAAGGCAUCUUGAUCUCGGACGUACACGUUACCAAGAGAUGAACACACAUAUGAUAAGACUGAACAAUCCAUGGAAAUCGUUAGAAAGUCUGAGAGUUGAGGUCCAUGGCAGUAAAAGGGCCGUCGACACCAAAUCCUUUGUUGAACGCCAACUCUUUUUCUUUCCAAUCCAAAUGUACUCCAACAUUUGGAAACAUUCGAGUUUCUUACUGCAGCCAUGUCACAAUGGUCCCAUAUUGUUUUCUGGGAAUUUCUUUGUCCAUUACAAAUUCCUAUCAAACUCUCUGGAGAUGGUUAUGAAGCGAUUCAUGCAAUGCUUUUUGGAAACACUCAGUUCACUCUCUGUUAAGGGCCGCGUAGGUUUCAGUAUGAGUGUGUUUGUUAAACUGGACAAUAUGCUGGGCAGCUGUGUAGCUCUUACGCAGCUAAAAAUAAGGGUUGGUCAGCUGUGGAUUAAUUUAGACAGAAUAUACCAAGGACGAGAGCAACAUGAGCAGCAGUAUCACCAGCAGCGGCAAGAACAAAAGCACGGAUUUCGGGCUUUGGAGCUACAGUCGGUCGUUGCAAUUUGGGUCCAAAUCUUUAAUGACUUGUGGAGAGAAAUGGGGGAAAGAGAAACAACUGUCAAACUACUUUCUGAAAUAGAAAUUCGCACUGUACUCAAAUACUAUCAAUAUAUCCCGUCAAAAAGAAACCCGAAAGAGUCAGAUUUUGCUCAGCUCGCAAAGACAAUUGGGCAGACGAUCUUUGGAGAGGUUAUGUCGAGUUUAGAUAUCGCAACGCAGCCGACUGUAUUGUUUAUGAGCUUAAACCAAGUAACCAAGGAUUUCAAAAAAAAUCUAUAUAGUAGACCUUUCUAA